GUCUAACUUCUGCUAUAAAGAGUGAAGUGUAUGGUGUUCAGUUUAGGGGAAGUGGAGACCUUGUGACAGGAAGCCUUUCAAUCACUUCAUUGGCAGACGAUGUUGAGGAUCACUUUGUGGCUGUGUGCAGGAGCGUUUUUGUGGGGCUCUGUAUUCUGCUCCAUCGAAUGUCCUGAUGGGUCCUCCUGCUCUGAUUUGGAAACGUGCUGCCUCACUCCCCAAGGAUAUAGCUGCUGUCCAUACCCAAAGGCCGUCUGCUGCCCUGACAUGGCCCACUGCUGUCCCUCAGACUAUCGCUGUGACCAGGCCACAAAGACGUGCGUGAAACAGUACCAGCCGUGGAUCAGCAUACCGAUAGUGAGGAAGGUGGCUGCAAAGGCGCCAAGCACCCCGGAUUUGUCUGCCACCCCCUUUGAGGAGGUCAAAGACAGCAAAUUACCAGAGAAGCUAAAAAGUUCAGUUGUCCACUGCGACAACUAUAACGUGUGCCCUGAUGGCACCACUUGCUGCAAACACCCAAAAAGUGGCUGGACCUGCUGUCGAUACUCACCUGCAAAGUGUUGCCUGGACGGCUACCACUGUUGUCCCUACGGUUACGACUGUGACCACUCUUACAGUCAUUGUGUCAAGGAAGGAGCGCCGUAUCCGUUCGCCGGCAAACGACCUAUGACCUCAGUCCCAGCGUCUCCCGUUUCAGUGUCUGAAGACAGAAGCAUCAGAAAUGAGAGACCACUGACAGCUCUGACUGAAGCCAGUGGCAGCUCCUUUAAUCAGGGGGUUAUUCGCUGUGAUGAUAAAUCUUUCUGCCCAAACGGCUCUAGUUGCUGCAGCGGACCCACAGGCCAAUGGAACUGCUGUCCCCAUCCACUGGGCGUGUGCUGCGCGGAUGGCAAGCACUGCUGUGAGUACGGAUACCAAUGUGACCCCUCUUCCUCCAGUUGCACAAAAUAAGCCCCUUUGACGACUACUGGGACAAACCAAAAAGACUGAAAUCGCAUUACUCCACUGGGCGUCAACUGUUUUUACACUCGUUUCAGGCCAACAUUCGCCAUAAAAAUCAUUAAAGGCCUUAUUACUGUGGAUUGUGGGCUGAAUGAAACCUGUCACCAGAAACGUGUUGCAUCACACAAGGUUAUUGGGGUUGAUAUAAAGGGUUGAUCUGCCUUUUAGUUUGUUUAGGUUAAAAUUUUUGAUUGCAAAUGUUUUGUCACACCAGCUUCUUGUUUUAUUUCUUAGCUGUCCUUAAACUGAUCUCCUUCCUGUCAUGACCUGCUUUGUGAAUUAGAUUGACGGCAGAAUCUGAUACAUCAGAAGGUGACUGAGCUAUCGAUCGUUCCUUUUUAAAUUAAACUAAACUAAAAACUUACCAGAAAAUGUGAUUAGGGUUUUCACCUUUUACCUUUCAAUCACUGUAUCUUUCCUUAUCUAAUAAUUUCUUUUUCUUUGAAAGAUUGGAGAAGGAAUAAAUAUAUGGACCAUAGAUACCCAAAAGGUUUUGCUCAUGUUGUUUAAAGUGUGUCAGUGUGCUUCUGCAGGCAUUCGUGUGUGAAUAAUUACAUACACAGACAUUGAAACACACCCACAGGAUAUGAAUAACAACAAAUGAUAAUUGGAGAGGGCAAUGCCAAAAUAAAGGAUGCAAUUCCAUAACAAAGUAGUGUGUGCUUGUCCUUGCAAACAAUAAUAAAAUGCUGUUUUUAAAACAAA